AUGGCACCUAUUCAGGAUCUUGAAGCGUAUCUGGACCAGGCGAGCGUGGCUCCGGAGGUAUUCGAACUACGUCCAGAUUAUCGCGCGCUCCUCAUUGCCGCAGACGGCUUACCUCCAGGUGCAAGCAACGAGCUGAGCGAGAGCAUGCUGGUCGAAGCUGAGGAGGCUGCUCGAUCGAAGAUGGCAUCGCAAUCAGUCACCGACAUUCCGCACGUAGCUGCAUGGCGUGAAGCAUACAAGGCGCUCGGAGCGAAGCCCAACAAGUUCAGGAACUCCUUGGAGGCUCUGACCCGUCGAGUCACGCCCACAGCUGGUCUGCCUCGCGUCAAUCGUUUGACAUAUAUCUACAAUGCCAUCUGCGUCAAGCACCAGAUCCCGCUCGGGGGAGAAGAUCUUGGCAAGUACGAUGGUCCAGCCAGGCUCAUUCGAGCGACCGGCAAGGAAAACUUUGAGGUCAAAGCAGGGGGUGAAACCGUCGUGGAGCAUCCAGAUAUUGGCGAGGUAGUCUGGUGCGAUGAUCAGGGAGUACUGUUUAUCUGCGAUGCGCUGGGACCCUUCACAGACGAAGAAUUGCAGGUGGUUGCCAGUGAGCUGAUUGUAGCGCUGCGGCAAUUGAGCCCUGAGCUUAAGACUGCUCAGCGACUAUUGCGAAAGCCUUGA